CGUUACGCCCUCCUUGGAUGGUAGGAAAUUGCUGGAAAGAUAAACGCGUCUCUACGCCAGAAAUCGAACUUUCUCUUCCCAUGACUAAAGCCAUUCACGAGGGUGAAGAGUGAAAUCAGGUUGCUAAUCUCGGUCGCAAUGGUUUUGGUGUUGUUCACGCAUGCCGAAAGAAGGAGGAAGAGUGGUACAUAGCGGCAAAGAAGAUACUUACCUAUUACGGUAUCGAGCAAACGGAAAGAGAACAUUCAAUUCUGGCGUAAGUUGAUCACAUCCACGUAGUUCGAUUUCUGCGGUAUGUUUCAAUGUUCCAUGUUUUAUAUAAAGGGCUAACGUGCUGUGGAUAGAUCGUAUUUUGACCAACGGGCAAGCGAGUUGUGCAUCUAUAUGGAUUACGUCCCCGACGGAACGCUUGCUAGCCUGUCUGCAUCAUGCCAGUUACUCGAAACGGACGUGAAAGUGCUGAUCCGUCAGGUCCUGGAUGGUCUUAUCUUCCUACGUCGUCAGAAUAUCGUGCAUCGUGACAUCAAAGGAACCAAUUUGUUCAUCACACUCGACGGCUGCGUCAAAAUCGGAAUCCUUGGUUGUGCAACUGUUAUCGAUCCCGGUACGAGACCUCCACGGACGUUGCUUUCUCGUUCCGGCGCUCUGUGUUUCAUGUCUCCGGAAUUGUUAUUCACCGAUCAUUAUGAUGAGAGGACGGACAUUUGGAGUUUGGGCAUAGUGAUUAUUGAACUGUUGAAGCAGGGGCACCCUUGGGCGAGGAACAAACCUGCUCGUAUUGUUGCAAUGGUAUUCGUAUGUUUACUUCAGUUCCGUUUUCUGGGCUUAUCUGUUAUCGCGUACCAGGUGCAUGAGUGCGAUCAACACCUACCGGCGUUGCUCAGAGGAAUCACUUCUGAAUCGAUCAAAUCUCUUGUGAGAAAGAUCUUCGUAGAUCAAGGAGCCAGACCUUCCGCUCUCCAGUUGGUGAACGACAAGUGGUUCUCAAUGGCCGAAAGGAUGCCGGAAUGA